CGGGGAGAGAGUUCCUGCGCAAAUAACAUUUGUCUGUGUGAUUCUGAAUUAGGAUGAAAUGUUAGCAAGAAAGUCAUGCUGCGGUCACAAGUGCGGUCAGCGGGAAAUGCUCGGCGCCUGCAGCAGGCGCAUGGCUACGUGUGGUUUCUGGAGGUAGCGAAGCGCUGCGCACCCGACCUAGAAUUCUUUGCCAUGCCCGGUGGCACUGGAUUUCCGUUUCUGAUGCGACCGAAGACGGGUCUGCGCGCCACGGACGGGUCCUGGGUCGGGAUGCAAAUUCGCAACACCGUUCGCGCUGCCUGUGACAUGCCGGGACGACCGGGAAUCCUCUGCCGCAUGCGCAACGCCAGUAUUUCGCAGUGGUGGCGUGACGCGCCCUACCUGGUGACGUCCCCCGCGAGAAACAGCAUUUUCGUGUUCAAGGAUCGCGUUGUAGGCAGCGUUCGACUGGAGUCGACGGCCCGGAUCGACAUGACCGAGGCGGAUGGAGCAGCUGAGCUUCGGAAGCGGCUGAUGGAUUUACACGAGCACUACGCUGCGAAAGCCAAGCCGCUUUUUGAGCACAUGCAGACCGCAGCGCCGAACGCCAUUGUUCAGCACCGCUGCGACAUGAUUGCACAACUCAUGCAGCUCCCUGUGUUCGAGGAGAUAGUGUUUCCUGCGGUCUACGGUGCCGGCGACGUGCGGGCCAACGCCUUACUGCGAGGAGUGAAAACCGUAUUGCGAAGGUCGUAUCUGACUCACUCCGCAGCCGGAAUCCAAACUAGCAUGACAAAGGUCGUUGCCGGCGUCAACGUUCCGUUUGACACCAGCGAUGACAUCGAGCUUUUCAUCUGGCUCGUACCUGCGCGACGGAACCCGGCGAAGCUGCACUACAUAGGCUUGAUUCCGCAAGAAGCAAUAGUGCGCCGCGGAAUCAUCCUGUCAGAUUCCGAGCGUAACGGCGUGCGUUACCCGUACUUCCGGUGGAAAUCUGAUGAAGGGCUCGCUUUUGACCGGCGGCAGUCACAGGGGCUAGAGCCGUACUUUAUUCGUGCUGAUGCAGCUCCGGCUGCCAUGCACAAAUUUACUGAACGAAUUCUGACAGAAGUAUCGAGUCACAAACAUCCACCUAAAGACCCCACGAAGAAGCAUACAAUUCUCGUCACCGAAAGUGGUCCAUUUUUGUAA